UUUUGGCACCUCUAUUAAAAACUCAUCCCGAUACCGAUAAUAGCGGCAGAAGAAUUUUAGAAUUCCUUAAAUAUAUAUUGUUUAAUUUCUAAGCAUUUUCAAGGAAUGAGUUUAAGCGACUGCAACAAUAACUAUAUAUAUUUGACGGGCAGUGAGGAUUAUGCCCUUAAUUUGGCAAAGCUAUGCGAACGCUUUGCCACCAAAGAAAAGCGCGUCUUACUGAUCACCAGUCGCCAGCAGGGAAUGGCAAAGCGCUAUCCAUGGGAGGCCCAUAACUGCAGCAAAUACCUGACCAUUCUGCAACUGGUGGAUGUGGAGAGCACCCCGCUUCGCAUGCUGGAAAUGCAGGAUAGCGCCGAGUCCUUGUGCAGUCCCGAUUUGAUAGUCUUUGACCUGCAGUCGCUCGUUUUGGAUGCACUACUGCGUCCUGUGAUGCAGCAGUGCUCCACGGACAAAAUGGUCCGUCAAAUUGCCAAGUGCUCGGCAUCCUUUGUGAAUUACCGCGAAAUCCUGGCCAACCUGGCGGGACAGAAGGCGGGCAAGAGCAUCGACACCAUUGUGGUCAUGUCGCAGGAACCGUAUCCCAUGUCAGCAGCUCAGUUCAAGCUGCUAAUUGGACUCUAUUUCCACGGCAACGAGUGCCACACGAAUUUUGCCAAGCUCUCGGCCAAGAUAAUGGUCUCCCAGCGAUUCGCCUAGGCGGAGGACAGAAGAUUGGAGCCACUACAGUGCCUUGGUAACCAGUUCCUGAGUUUAAACAUAGCUGGCAGUAUUGUAGUUUUUCGCCGUAUGCUCUUGCUUUUCAAUCAACGUUUACCUUUCUGCAUUGUCAAAACAUGCAUUUUGUCAGGUUAGACGAAUAUUUUCCAAUCUCGAACGAAUUUCGAGUAAUCUCUAUAAGAAUUAUCAGCUAUUGAGACUGUAUUUCCAUUUAAUUGACUUGAAGCUAUUCAUAUUGCCUUCCCAAAAGGAUAUCCAAAUGGAGUUUGUUGUUAGGCUACAGAAUAUAUUCGAAUAUUUAAGAAAUUGAAUUUAUAAAAGGCAACGCACGCCAUAUUAUAUCAGAAUAUAAUACUAAGACAGUGCGUACCUUUGGCAAGAACUUAAGAAAUACUGUACGUUGAAAAUAUCUCCCUACAUGGCAUCCAUGCAUAAUGUUAUACGAAAGCGAAGCAAUCGAAUGCUCGAUCAAAUAUAAGACUUUAUUAUAGUAUACUAUUUAGUCUAAACGGGAUUAAAACUACCAAAAAAAAUUGCUGAUAAUUAAUUAUAAUAUACAUACAUAUAACAAUAAUAUUUAUUAUGCUAAACGGAAAUCUCAACUUAAGGGAAUUUGUAUGAAAUAAAAAAAAAUUUCGAAUGCAUAAGAUA